CGAGAUAGUGGAUAUCGACAAUGUUUACUGACCUUAUAACCCUUACUUUGUAACACAAGUUCACAAGUUCACAUGCUUACAUCUCCACUGAUCCUUGGUGAUUGGAUCUCAACACGGGAGCGUCUGUUGAUGGGAAGUUUGGCCCCGACGUGAUUCUCUCUUCAAUUUUGCAAAACAAACUCCACAAGACUUUAGAAAUGGCGCCUCAAGCGCCGCGCCGGACCUCUAUCAUCGAUCUGGAGAGUGACUUUUCAGAUGGUGGGAGUGAAUACUGGCCCGAGGAAUCAGGCUAUGUUUUUAAACUGAAUGAUGAUUACUAUCAUAGGUCGUUGGCGUCCCAGUGGAUGGAUAAUAUUGGGCAGUCUCGAAAAGAUACAACGUACAUACUGUCGGCCUUGCCCAAGCACUAUCGAAUCUACACAAAGACGCGGAAAAACGGCACACAUGUUGACAGGUAUCUUUUUGGACACCCGAAGGGAAAAUUUGACUCUCCAAUUAAGUUCUUUGUCCACUUUAAGCACUUGAUGAGUGGAGGGCAGACCGAAUGUGAGUGUGUCAAUUGCAAACCCAACAAGUCCUAUCAGAAGCCAGGUGGGCAGAGGCUGUCCGGGCGCAAGCCCCAGGCGGUGCCAGCAGAUGCCUUGGAUAUCAACCCUGCCCAAAAGUAUAUCGAUCUCUUAUAUCGAAGCCAUAAUAUGAAGGCCCGGAACUUGGCCUUGGCGUUGGAUUUCAACUACAAUGAACCAAUGGGCUGGAGCUAUCGCCUCUUCAACCCCCACGUGGAAUACAAUUCGAUUCUCCACGAAUGUCAUUCCUUCCAGCCGAGAGAGAAUGAAAUUGUGCUUUUUUACAACGACGAGUCCGCAGUUCGUAUGGAUGAGAGCACGCAGUACCUGAAGCUCUUUGACGAAAAGACAGGGCAGUUUGGUGGAUGGCCAAAAUGGGAAGCAGGCCGGGUUAUGUCCGCUCCAGAGCCAGGCGAAGCACGUGUUGAAGAUCUCGCAUUUUCAGCCUUGAAAGGAAAGAAAAGAUCGGCCCCAACGAUUUGCGUUGAGGUCCUUCCAUCAGACUCGCUUUCCCAAUCGACGCCAACAAAGUUAAAUGUGAAACUCAGCCACAUUAGACCAUUCUCCAUGUUACGAGAGUUGCAACACGGCCAGGAUCAAACCCUGUGGGAAAGUAAUAUCAUGCCAACCGCUCACAUGAUGUCCAAACUAUUUCCAUUCGAUCCUUGCGCAUUCACGAGGAUAUUUCCCGGUUCAAAUUCUCCGGAGGCGGCGUCAGAAUCCCUCCACGCUAAAUUCAAGUGCCGAGGGAUCUGGCUGGGUGCGGAAAAAAUCAUUGAAGGGGAUGUCGUGCGUCUCAUGCCCGUCGAUGACCAGGGAGUCAUUGAUCACGUCCUGGUUGUCAAGGAAAUAUCUUACGUGUUAGAACACCUCGAGGCAGUAUCGCCGACCGGAAACAUCUUCAUCGAGGGCAGGUGUCUCACAUUGACUCAACCAUCUCCGAAAUCAAAGGCUGUGGUUCGCUCAAGUUCUACGUACGAAGACCUCAUAUCGCAAGGCCUCCCACCAUGCAUGCGGGGUUACACAUGGUAUGACAAAGAAAGCCCGGAAACGAAUGCCAUAUUUCCCCCUGAUAGCAUUCUCGGCCGUUGCUAUGAGCGAGAAGCCAUGGAGCUAAUGAUUUACGCAUCGGAUCUCAACAUUGGCCUACAAGGAGUUCGGGAGCUUCGGCGAUGGGCAAUGUCGAAGCAAAACAACGAUGGUCUCGGCUGGGUAUGGCCUGAAGAUUACCCUGGGACGGAAAGUCAUGUUAAGCUUAAUGAACUGAGGGUAGGUAAACACCGAGCGGCUGAGAACAAUGGUUCACUUGGUCCCAACCCUCUCGAUAGUCUCGAUCGUCCAGGUUUCAAGAACCCUCGUGGCUAUGACAACUUUGGCAGUGAAGGCGGAUCCGGGGCACUGGAGAAGAUGUCAACUAUUAGCGCCAGCGUAAUAGUGGAUGACAAGGAGGAUGAAGCAGACGCGUUUAUCCGUGAAGCUCUUGAGGGUUCAUUUGCGGACGAUGCUGAGAUUAACCACAUCGCUAAAAAGCUUCGUAUUUGAAAUCUUUCUAUAUGGGUUGCAGUACAUGGACGGAGCUAUAUACACGCAGAUAUAUGGAGAUGGAGAGGUUGGCUUCGCUCGUUGAAUACUUAAUCUUCGUUCGGGAAUACGCCUUCCUACUUCCUUCCUCCCCUACUUCGGGGCGUUGUGAAUGAUUUAUAUGCAGGUGUGUGGCAGAAAGUUAUAUAAAAUGCCACCAGGAUGGGGCCAAUACGACCUGAAUACCUUUCAAAUCACAGUGGGGAUUUUGGUUCAUUUUCGGCAGUCUUAAUUAAGCCUUGAUACAAAGGCAGCCGAGAGAUAUCCAGCAGCUCUACCAGUUCCCACAAGACAGUGGAUUUGACGAAAUGAGGCAU